CAGCCAGCUGUAGCCGGACCGUGUGCUGCAUGAAUGCAUGAUCUCGAUUGUGCCAUGCGCACGUACUUCACUGCCCUGGAAAUACUCGAUCAUCUACAUUGAGCGUGCUAAUUCACUUAAAUUCUCCAUGUUUUCCUGCAUAUAAAUGUAGCCACUUCAUUAAAACUUCUGCAGUACUGCUUGAAUAGAAUAUAAAGGGAAAUAUCAAGAUGGCCCAAUCCUCUGAUGAAUAUCUGGACCUCCUAGAACCUCGGCGGAAUCAGUAUGACCUCAGCUUUGCGCUCAAGCACACGGCUUCACUGCUGCCCGAGUACCAGUAUGUCACACACAUGACCAAGGCAGAAAUCAGAACGAUGGUGCUCAAGUCCCGUCGGUUGAAACACACAGUGGAAGAGAUUGUUGCCAGCAACGGUCGUCAAGAGAAAGACAUCUAUGCAGAAGCUGAGGCUAUACUUGAUGAGAUGGCUCAUGAAUAUUCAUUGAACAACAUACGCUUCUUGGCCUACAUCUUUGCUAAAACAUUCAAGAAGCUGUACGGACACAUCUAUGUCAGUAAAACAGGCCUUGAGAAACUGCGGAAGAGUUACCGUGACUCUCCUGUUGUGCUUCUACCUACCCACCGUAGCUACGUUGACUUCUUACUGAUCUCCUACAUGAUGUUUGAGUACAACCUUCCCUUGCCUUACAUUGCCGCUGGUGCUGAUUUCAACAACAUGAAAUUUGUCAAUACUCUGUUGCGGAAAGCUGGGGCUUUCUACAUUCGUCGUUCCUUUGGGGCGGAUAAGCUGUACUGGGCAAUCUUCACUGAGUACGUUCAGAUAUUGGUCAUCAACGGCGAGGCUCCACUGGAGUUCUUCCCCGAGGGAACCAGAAGUAGGACGGGCAAAUUUCUGCCUCCAAAAAGAGGAUUAUUACAGGUGGUGGUGGAGCCGUUUAUGAAGGGUCGUGUGCCUGACAUUAGUCUGAUUCCUAUCAGUAUCAGCUAUGACAGGAUACUGGAGGAGACAUUACACAGCAGAGAGAUGUUAGGAAUACCCAAACCCAAGGAGUCAACAUCGGGUCUGUUCAAAGCCAGCUCCAUCUUCCAGGAGAAUUUUGGCAACAUCACCGUACACAUAGGAGACCCUGUGUCCCUGAAACAAAUGUCACUGAUCAGCGGGGUGGAUAGGAGUGUCCACAGCCUUGCGCCGAGGUUCAUCUUCUCAAUGAACGCGCAGGAGCAGCAGUUUGUCCAGGAAUUAUGUCUGAGCAUACAACUCAUGCAGCAACGACACAUGGUAGUCUCACCAUGGGUGCUGACUGCUGCCUUACUAGUGAUGAGUCCAGGGUACCAGACUAGCCUGCAAGGGAUGUACAGUGAUAUGGAAUGGCUGAAGGGUGCGGCCACAGGUCUGGGAACCAAGGUCCGUUGGCCAGUUGGGAAGACAGUGAAGUCUGUUCUAGAAGAUGUGCUGGCCGUUCACCAUGCCAUGGCUGUUGUGGACAGGGACAGCAUUAAGCUGAAUGUACCGCAGAAUGUGGCAACGGCAGAGGAAGUCAUGGAGGUUGCUACUGUGUACAUCAUGUUGGGUGCUUAUCGUAAUCAGCUCCUUCCCUCAUUGGCCCAACCUGCCCUUGUCUCCCUUGCAUUCUGUGGUCUCAAUGCUGCAACCAAAGGUGAACUCUUUGCACAGUACCAAUUCCUUGUCACGCUGUUCAACAGAGAACUGACAUUCCAUCCCAAGACAACUGUGGACGAUUUCCAGAGCACUCUGCGGAAACUGCAGAAUUCCAGUUUCAUCUCGGUGACAGGCUUACAGUACAGCAUCACCUCCUCCGGCGAGCGGCUGACAUCCUUCCUGUGUAAUCUCCUGCACCCAUUCCUUCUGGGCUACUGGGUUGUUUGUCGGUAUCUGCUGAGCUGUCCAGCUUCUCUAGCAUCUGUGACUGAGCAGUCCCUUGCCAAGACAAUACAGAAGGAGGUAGCAGAACUCAUAGCUACAGGUGACCUGAAGAGCUAUGACAUCUUGUCACUCAAUCUCCUUGGCAACGCCAUCUCAUCUCUCCUCCAACUCGGAGGUAUCAAAAGAUCCAAAAGUGGCUUGACGCUGAUUGAAUCUGAGAUUACAAAAACUGCCGAGAAAAUCAGUGAGUACAUUGAACUCCCAGCUAGCCUGCUCACCAAGCCGUUCGCUAAGAAGUUGGCUGGUCCCGCCGCCAAGCUGUAGGGUCAACAGUGUGGGAGCCAAGUACCAGCUUUGUUACUCACAGGGUCAGUUGUUGGACACAGAAGAUAGCUGGAGGCAAGUCAAGAUUGAGUGGCUGUUAACUAUCAUUCCUUGCUGAUUUGUUAAGUUUUACCCACAAUCAACUGUUUGGACUGUAUCCAAUUUAUGGGGGAUAAUUUGUGUAAUUUUGGUUUUUUACAUUGCAAUAGUUUUUUACAUUGCACUAGUUCCUAUCUUGAAUAGUUAAAGGGACAAUUACAGGCCAAAGUGGACAUGGCUGAAAAGUGGACAAUUUAUGAAAUCUUCAGGACUACAAGCAUUGCAACAUCAAAGUGGUAUCAAAUAAAAGGGGACAACGGGAGCUUAUAUUUGAGUGGUGUGCCAGUGAGAUAGAAUGUGGUUAGGUUUUAGGUAGUCAUUUUGGCAUCUGGUUUUCACAUGCAAAAUGCUGAAUUAAUUCACCUGUUUUCCCCAGAGGAAAAAAAACAAACAAGGAAAUGCAUACAGAUUUACAUUGCGGAAAUGGUUGAGUGAUUUGGAAUUACUCACGUUCACUGAUAAUAAAUUCAAUCAACAUCUCAUUGUCGAUAACAGUAAUUUUGGACAUAUUUGCUCCACAUUUAAUGUUAUCCCUCAACUUAUGUCUGUUGGUAUAAUUACAGUUCCAUUUGUAUUUUUUUCUACUGUUAUAAGAUGUUUAAAACAGAAUUGGUAAUUUAAUAAGGAUUUAUAUCAUGCAAAAAGACAAGGUUUGUUUUUCUUACAAUGUAUAUUUUUGGUAUAAUUUCAUAAGGAGCUAUAAAAGAUUAUACAUUAUCAAUGUAAAGAAGAGUUAAUCAUGGAGAAAAAAAUGUAAAAAUAUUAUCUUCUCGAUGAAUAAUAAACAUCGAGACAAAUUUUGUGCACUUUUUACAUAUGUAAUUAAUGAUCUUGCCAGAGAAGAGAUUGACAAAAAUCAUGCUUGUUAUACCUCAUGAUUCAUGUGUCUGCCAUCUAAAAACCAAAAACAAAAGGAGAAUUGUUGGUGAAGAUGCUCUACGUGUGCUCUACUACUUCUAUUUUGGAUGUUUCAACCCUCUGAAAAUUGAGCAUAAUGCACAUAAAAUACACCUGAAUUAUUGUUAGAUUGCAAGUAAUUCAAAGUUUGUAAAGUAAAUAUUCCAUAUACUAAACUCAAAACUUG